UUGCAUAUUAAAAACAAAUAUAUAUAUUUUACAAUUUUAUUUUCAAAAAUAAUAUAAUAUAAUAUAAUGAUACAUUCUAAUAUUAUCUGUUUAUUCAUAGCCACGGCUAUGGCCAGUGAGCUCAGAAUAACAAACCGGUGCUCAUUUAYUGUAUGGCCUGGACUAUUGGGUAAUCCAGGAAAGGCUAUUCCUGAAAAUGGUGGCUUUAAAUUAGCACCGGGAAAAACAAAGAGCCUACAGGUGUCCAAUGAUUGGGCGGGUCGAGUGUGGGGACGUACCAAUUGUAACAGUGCUGGACAUUGUGAAACCGGUGAUUGUGGUAACAAAAUUCAAUGCAAAGGCGCCGGUGGAGUACCCCCCGCAACGUUGGCUGAAAUUACGCUUAAGGGCUCCGGUGGUCACGACUUCUAUGAUAUUAGUCUUGUCGAUGGCUUUAAUCUAAUGAUGAAAAUGGUGCCAAUACCGGGAACAUACACUAAGACUGGUGGCUCUAAAUAUGACUGCACUACUGACGGUUGUUCCAGUAAUUUGAACAGUUUGUGUCCGAAAGAGUUGGCAGUAUAUAACAAAUCAGGAAAAGUGAUCGCAUGUAUGAACGCUUGCGARAAGUUUAAAACAGAUGAAUACUGUUGCAGAGGUAAGUAUAGUACACCUGAAAAAUGUCAAAAACCUAAAGACUACUACAAGAUCUUCAAGACUGCCUGUCCUAAUGCCUAUGCUUAUGCUUAUGAUGACCCAAACAGCACAUUCAYAUGUAAGGGUARUCCAAAUGCUGGCUAUGAAAUCACAUUUUGYUGAAAAUAAUUAUUGUUAUCAAAGAUGUAUAUUAAUAACUAUUUUAUUAAAAGUAAUAAUUU